AUGAUGCUUAAACAGUACUUUCUAAUCUUCCUUAUCAAAUUCCUCUGGACUUAUGGAGGAGGAAGCCAACCAGUACGGGAAUCUCUGAAGGUCCAGAGGGUUGAAUUUCAGUCAUUUAAUCUCCAAAGUAUCUUACACUGGCUUCCUGGAAGUGCUUUCACCCACAACAACACAGUCUAUUUCGUGCAAUACAAAAUGUAUGGGCAGAAAGAGUGGACCAACAAAGAAGAAUGCUGGGGCAUUUAUGAAAUCUUUUGUGACCUGACAAAUGAAACCUCAGAUGUAGAAGAACCUUACUAUGGAAGAGUGAAAGCUACCUCUGCUCAUAUCCAUACCCCGUGGAGUAUGACAAAGAGAUUUUCCCCCUGGUUGGAAACAAAAAUAGGACCUCCAUCCAUCAGUGUGAUACAAAGUGGCAGAUCUAUACAACUGAUACUCCAGGCUCCAAAUUCACCCUAUAAAGACAGAAAGGGAAGAAACAAAUCAUUGAAAGAUUACUAUGAUCUAAUAUACCGGGUAUUUAUAAUUAAUAAUUCUCAAGACAUGAAGCGGAAGUUAUAUGAAGGCACCAAUGAAAAAAUUGAAAUGGAUAUAAAACCUGGUGCCAACUACUGUGUAGCCGCAGAAAUGUAUUUGUUUGAACUAAACCGAAGCAGUGAGAGCACCGAAAUCUGUACCUUCAAGAUUCAGAGAAAUGGUAUGUAUAUCUGAUAAGAAUUGGAGGAUUUGAGUUCUAAGUACAGUGUCUCAUAUUUUUUAAAAAAUAUUCAGCAUUCAA